CUCUCUCUCUCUCUCUCUCUCUCUCUCUCUCUCUCUUUCCCUCUUUCUCUCUCUCUCUCUCUCUCUCUCUCUCUUUCUCUCACUCUCUUUCUCUCUCUCUCUCCUUCCUUUCUUUAAAAAAAUUACACACAUACAGACACGGACACAGAUACGUGACGUUACACAUUAAACAUUUUCCUUCCUAUUUCAUUAAAAGAUUUCAUUCCUUCGUUUAAAUCAGUUCGUUCCGUGUUUUUGAUCAUUAUUAAAAUAAAUUCGCGAGGAACAAUAUGUUAUUGUUCACUUUCGAAAUUAGUUAAGAAAAAAGUGAUUCGAUGAUCAGUCAAAUGCGUAAGAGUUGAUGGUGAACGUGCCAAUUUUCGGAGGGACAAUCCUCAACAUUACCAAUCCCACGUAUCUACUAUUCCAAUCGAUAUCAGCUCUUAGUAGAUGAGCUCUUAAAUGAGAAGUUUCGACGAACGAGAAGUGGAGACGAACACCGCAAAACCCGUCGUGUGACGUGCGAAUGCGUGAAAACCGCGUGACAGGAUGAUAUCCAUCUAGUACUUUGAUUUGCAUCGAAUCGUUUCUACGGUGUCACCGGUGUUGUUGCGGCUCGAUGCAACAGUUCUCGGUGAUUUCAAUCGAGUGCCACCUGAUCGAUGGGAUCUUUACGGAACCGACUUUAGAGCCAGGCUAUAAUCUUGUUACUACCAUUCCACGGGGUGCAGUGGCAUUGAACGUGACCGAGUUACGUCAUACGCAAAAUUAUUUGGCGAUCAGAUUGCAAAAUGGGAGUUAUUUACUCAAUGGCAACUACAGUAUCAAUUGGUCUGGCGAAUACAACGCAGCUGGCACAACAUUCGCAUACAUCCGGCAGAGCUCACAAAAUUUGGAAAGUUUCUCGGCUGCAGGACCAUUGCACGAGUCCAUUGAUGUUAUGGUGCUGUAUCAAGAGCCCAAUCCUGGUAUAGUGUACCGUUAUAUCAUUCCUGGAAGUAGUGCCAGUGCACCGAGCAACUCUCAUCUCACUCGCAAUACAGUUUUUAAUAGACCGAUCGAAGCAGCGCCAGCAAGUACCUCGCUCAGAAAAACGGACAGCGUGAACACGACGACAACUAUAGACGACGUCGCAACGAACGCCUCGUACGUUCCGAAGCGAUAUAAGAAACGAAAAUUUGCAUGGAAACCGGCCGGUUACACAGAAUGCAAUAAAUCCUGUGGCGGAGGUGUCCAAACGUUGAAAUAUGCGUGUGUACGAGAACACACGCAGAUUCAGGUCUUCGAUAAGAGAUGUCACACGUUGGAGAAACCACGAGAGGUUCGAUUAAGGUGCAACACCAAUCCCUGCCCACCCAUAUGGAGACCAACCGCAUGGAAUCCAUGUUCAGUCAGCUGCGGUACUGGCAUACGUACACGAGAUCUGGAAUGCGUUCAAGAGAUCAGAUCGACCUUAACGGUAAUCGUAUCCGAGGGUGCUUGCAUGGAGCCAAGAAAUUUACCUAUCAGUGAGGUGUGCAACGAGACACCUUGCGAAAAAGCUACAAGAAUAUCAGAAGGACAAUCCUUCAACUGGAAUGUUGGAUCUUGGUCCGAGUGCUCGACAACGUGUGGGGUAGGUAAAAGAACGAGACUCGUAACGUGCGAACCACAAGAAUACCUCUGUAACGUAGCGGAGAAACCAAUUUCUCAAGAGGUUUGCGACUUGGGUCCUUGCACCGUGAAAUUUUCUUCUACCAACGCAAUUUCGUCGACCGAACAACGAGUAACCUCUCAAUGGCUUUAUACCGAAUGGCCAGAACAGUGUUCCGUUGAAUGUGGCCUCGGCAUGCAAAGCAGAAGAGUUUUUUGUGAAAAAAAUUCCGAAGAGGAGUGUGAUCCAACGAAUCGUCCGGAAUCAUCGAGAUCUUGUUCGAGUAACAGAACAUGUAGCGGUCAAUGGUUUGUCGGUCCUUGGUCUGAGUGUUCAUCACAUUGUGAUUUUGGUGAACAAAUCAGAGAAGCCGUUUGCGUGACUAUACUCCGUGGUGCUCUUCGCGUCGUCCUCGAUAUGAAUUGUCCUGCGAAUAAGCCAGAAACAAGAAAAUCUUGCAGAAGUGCUCCUUGUUCGUUUGCUUGGUUUACGUCCGAUUGGAGCGAGUGUUCCCGAUCUUGUGGCAAGGGUAUACAAAAGAGAGAAGUCAAGUGUUUGUCACCGGAAAAUCAACCAAACGAGUAUCAUCAAGUAGUUCAUUGUGACGAGGACGAUCGACCAGUUUCUCGACGAACUUGCAAUGAUUAUUCUUGUAAAAAUGAUACUCACGGUUCUGAGAAUGUACCAAGAGUGUCGCAAAUUCAAGACGAUCCAGAGAUAUAUAAUGGUCUUGAAGAGAAUCCAUUUUGCAAGGACAACAUACCAAAUUGUGCUUUAGUAAUCCAAGCUCGUCUUUGCACUUAUCAAUUUUAUCAACGAUCAUGCUGUCUUUCUUGCUCUAGAGCUAAACACGAACCAGAAUGAACGGAUAAUUGCAAUUUAAAAAUAUUAAAUUUAUAAAUAAUUCAGCGAAAAAUAAGCAGGAACAAAAUUGUUUAGAAAAAUUUGUUAAUCAUUAAUAGAUUUCAGCAAUUCCAUGUUAAAGUAUGAUAAUAAUUCAUGCAUCGGCGAAACAUGAUAGUUAUCAAUAUUCCGUCUUCCAAGCACGAAAACUUCGUAGUUUUUAGUAAAAAAUGCUUUAUACAUUUACUUAGUGGCUUAAUCAUAAUCCAUUGUAUUUUUGUCAAAACGUGCGAUUUCACGCUAAGGACGAAACAUUAAAUGACGCUUUUCAACUGUCAAUUGAAGAUCCUUAUGACGUUGCAAAUUCUUCAUACAUACGAUUGACUAAUACUUUUCGUAUGGCGUGACUGAAACGUGUACACGUAAUAUUCGAACACGUUUAAACGAAAUAAUAUAUAUAUAUAUAUAUAUUAUAUCGUGAAAGAAUAUUCCAGAAUAAUCGCACCUAAUUUAAAACGAUGAUGAAAAUCAAAAUGUGACAUUACACUGCUUUUUCUUUUUUUUUUCUUUGUCUUUUUUCUCUUUCAUAUAUCUAAUCCUUAUUUGUAUCGUUUAUUAAUAAAUUAUAAGACAAGCUGCUUCGAAUAUUUUCAAGAAAGAAAAGAUAACACAAAUGUAGGAUAGAACAAUCCUACGAGGUGAAUAUUACAGUAUUAUAUAAUGACGUAAUUAAUAUAUAUAUAUACAUAUGUAUAUAUAUAUGUAUAUAUAUAUGUAUAUAUAUAUAUAUAUAUAUAUAUAUAUACAUACAUAUACACAUACAUAUAUAUAUACAUACAUAUAUAUAUAUGUAUGUAUGUAUGUAUGUAUGUAUGUAUGUAUGUAUGUAUGUAUGUAUGUUUGUAUGUAUGUAUAUAUAUUAACAAUAAGACGUGCGUUAAAGAUUUAACCAACUAUUUACAAUGUUAGCGCGUUACGAAAAAGUAUUCACACCGUUGCACUGUUAAUAUGAAAUAAAUUAUAUACACACGUA